GGGGCAAACGCAUCCCCCUUCCCCCCUGGGUACGGGCCUGCCACCUGUCACUAAUUGUGUUCAUGUGCUAAUACAAUUACUCCGCCCUUUUAUAAAGUUGCGAAUAAAUCAAACGAAGACAACCCAUGGAGCCCAUUUCAAGUUUUCCAUCAUGCGAUGUUGAUGUUUUAAACUCUCUUGGCUUUGCUUCACGAAAAAUGCUCGCACCAUCAAAGUAUCAAGCAUUUUUAGCUGUUUUUCUAUCUAUAAAGACCGUUGCAAGGGCAACUGAAUGCAUCCCCAAAUCAUCAGAGGUUUUUUUCAUCGAAAAGCAAGGAUUGGUGUUUAGGAAACCCGGAACAGUUAUCUCUCAGGGGUUUUAUUCCACAGAGGAAAACUGUUUAAUUGCCUGCUUUUUGAAUACAGUUUGCAUGGCCUUGAAUAUCGCUUUACUGAAAGUCACCGAGGGAUUAAUGUGCGAGCUUUUGAACUAUGGAAGUUCAGACUUCAAUGAUUACCUCAAGCCAAACGGAACUUUUAGGACAGGCUUCGUUCAGAGCACCUGUUACCCGUCAAACCCAUGCGAGAUGAUGUGUUCGCCAAGCCCAUGUGAUCGUUCCGUUCCCGUGUGCCACUCGCCAGGCGUUGCGCUACCCAAAUGCGGUUGCGUCCUCUUCGACUUUGAAAACGGGACUCUCAAUGGAUGGACUCUGACAGGCACAGCAUUCAAUAACCAGCCGACGUACGGUGACAACCCCACGGCGCGCAGACGGGGGCAGCCAUCAAACCAUUUCGGCUAUUGGUGGAUCGGUACCUUUGAGAAUCGCCCGGGACCUUCUUACCUUCCCGGAAAAAUACAAGGAGAUAGACCUCAGGGAUCUCGCCUCUCUUUCAUGCUGGGCGGUGGUUGCAACCUCGUAAAAGAGCGCGUUGAGCUAAUUGUGGAUGGGCACGUGGUUAUGAAGACCCAGCCGAGCAAAUGCAGCGAGACAAUGAGCAAGCACUACUUGGAGGUGGCUCAGUACCGAGGCAAACAGGCACAGAUCCGCAUAGUAGACCACUCCUCAGGGGGGUGGGGACAUAUCAAUUUUGAUCAUCUCCGUGAUGAAGAUUUGUGCAAAGAAAGCAACUAUUCAUAGUUUUUCUAAUGAUUUCCUGCUGGCGGAAAACAAAACCUUAUUACACAAAUGAAGUAAAAAUCCGAUAUUUAGAAUUCGAUGUAAUUGUAAUUCGAUAUUUAUUCAACAAAUAACUUCUCAGAAUGCAUUUUCUGAUUGCACGAAUAAUAUUUGUCAGAGUUUAUCCUAGUUGUGGUAUUGUUAAUCUAGACGACUUUUUUAUGGCUUGUCCUCAUAAUCUCAUAAGCUGUAAUAAUAUCGGACAAAGCAAUCUUUUAUAGGUGUGAAAACAAUGUAAACGGUUUUAUGAUUGUACAUAAAUGGCAUCGUUUCAUAAACAGGGCCGUAGCAGGGGUGGGGCACUUUAAAGGAUUUAUAAGGAAAUGACCAGUAAGGGCGUGGCUGUAACCCCUAUAUUUUCUUAAUGUUUCUGUAUUGUGCCCCCCCCCCCCCCCAGUAUUUCGAGGCCUGCUACGGCACUGAUAAAAGCUAAACAAGCUGCACGUGAGGAAGGAUCAUAGGUAAACGUCUCCUCAGCCCAUGGACCCAAGUAAGGAUAUAUUAGAUUUAAAUCAUAAAAACUGCAAGAAUCAAUUACCAUAAUAACCAAAAAUAAAUACAUGUUCUUUGACGUA